AUGGCAUAUUUUGGGAGGCCAUCACUCUUUGCUUGCGUUAAGCUUAGGAGGACAGAGAAUCUCUUUGAAACAAUCAAACAAGCCUUGGCUAAGGUUUUGGUUCAUUUCUAUCCAUUUGCUGGGAGUCUUGUACAGUGUCCAGAUGGGAAUUUUAUGGUGAAAUAUACAGGAGAAGGUGUACCAUUUGUUGAAGCAGUUGCAAAUUGUGAUCUUGGUGAGUUGGGAAAUUUUACUGUCCCUAAUCUCCCAAAACACAGACAACUUGUUCAUGCUUGCAAUGAAUCAAAGAACCCUUUCGAUAUACCACUACUUGAGGUGCAGGUGACAAGGUUCCAGUGUGAAGGAUUUGUUAUUGGAUUAGCAGUGAACCAUUGCAUGUGCGAUGGAGCCUCAUUGAUGGAAUUUAUGAAGUCAUGGGAUAGAUCUAUAUUGAAGCCAAAACAACUCCUUAAAACUGAUGAAUACAUCCAUUACAAUAUUUUUGCGAUGAACAAAGAUGGAUCAAAUGUUUCCCCCUAUAUAGUAAGAAGAGAUGAACAAUCUGUAUUCAAAUCCUUCUCUUUGGAUCUCCAAAUAUUGAUGCAACUAGAGAAGAUAACUACCAUGGAGGAUUAUGGAACCAUGAAGACUACUGCCACUGAUUUUGAAUUGAUCAUGGCAUUUAUAUGGCGCGCACGAACCAAGGCCCUGAAACUGAACCCUUCUGAGACAUCAAUGCUAUUGAUCGUUGUCGACGGACGGCAUCGUCGAUUUAGUCCAUCAUUUCCUAAAGUGUACUUCGGCAAUGCAUUUUUGAUUACAGGUUGUGAAUGUAGUGCAGGAGAACUAAUAGAAAAUCCACUUUGGUUUGCAGUUGAUUCGAUCAAAAGGGCACUAUAA